GGCAGUGGAGGAGACUUUUGUCUCUAGUAGCAACAUAGGCCUUGGGGUGGAAAAAAAAGGAGAAGAAAAAUAAAUGAUUGGGUGUUUGGAAACACAAAACCGCAGAAUGUGGACACUGGAGCAGAGCUAUCGUGAUUUUAUGGCUGUGUCGCUUAACGGUCGUCUUCUGGUGUUUUUCUGAAGUUUUAAUGACACGCUGAUACCGGCUUCGUCACAUUCAGAAGUAAAACGAAAAGAUAAAAAUAAAAGAAGAAAAGUAUACUCUGCCAACCUGACGGAAUUCCACAGUCCAAAGUUUAAACUGUUAGACGGCGUUUGCGUUUCCUCAGAAUGAACGUGCCGAAAAGCGGUUAUCGCGUUUUCUCUGCCAACUCCACUGCGGCAUGCACCGAGCUUGCGAAGAAGAUUACAGAGCGUCUUGGCGUGGAGUUGGGCAAGUCUGUUGUUUACCAGGAGGCGAACAGAGAGACUAGAGUUGAUGUCAAAGAGUCUGUUCGAGGCCAAACAAUCUUUAUCAUCCAAACCAUUCCCAAAGAUGUUAACACAGCGAUCAUGGAGCUGCUAGUCAUGGCCUAUGCACUCAAGACCUCCUGCGCCAAAAACAUUAUCGGAGUCAUCCCUUAUUUUCCGUAUAGCAAACAGUGCAAGAUGAGGAAGAGGGGAUCCAUAGUGUGCAAACUGUUGGCAUCCAUGUUUGCCAAAGCAGGUUUGACACACAUCAUCACUAUGGACCUGCAUCAGAAGGAGAUCCAGGGUUUCUUCAAUUUCCCUGUGGAUAACCUGCGUGCUUCUCCGUUCCUUCUACAGUAUAUUCAAGAAGAGAUCCCUGAUUACAGAAAUGCCAUUAUUGUUGCAAAGUCUCCAUCUGCUGCAAAAAGGGCUCAGUCAUAUGCGGAGCGGCUGCGUCUGGGCCUGGCUGUUAUUCAUGGGGAAGCUCAGUGUUCUGAAUCAGACAUGGCAGACGGACGACACUCUCCUCCAUGCGUGCGCAACACUACAGGCCACCCAGGCCUUGAGCUUCCAUUAAUGAUGGCCAAGGAGAAACCACCCAUUACAGUGGUGGGAGAUGUUGGAGGACGCAUCGCCAUCAUUGUUGAUGACAUCAUUGAUGAUGUGGAAGACUUUGUGGCAUCAGCAGAGAUCCUGAAGGAGAGAGGAGCCUAUAAGAUCUACAUCAUGGCCACCCAUGGCCUGCUGUCAGCUGAUGCUCCACGUCUCAUUGAGGAGUCUGCCAUAGACGAGGUGGUGGUGACAAACACCGUCCCACAUGAGGUGCAGAAGCUGCAGUGCCCGAAGAUCAAGACAGUGGAUGUGAGCAUGAUCCUGGCCGAGGCCAUCCGCCGCAUCCACAAUGGCGAAUCCAUGGCCUACCUGUUCCGCAACAUCACUGUAGAUGAUUAGGUUUAACUGACCUCACUGUGGAAGGGAAGUCUUUACAAAGAAUUGAAGAGGUACUUCCUCCUCUUCUGCAUGUGCUAGGAGUGCCAGGUUUUCUAAAAAUUAUUAUUUAAACCAGUAAUAUUAGCUCAUUUAAAUAUAUACGAAAUAAACUGUUUGAGGCCAGGAUAAAUGUAUUAGGAUUGAAAUUUUAGGAUCUGACAGUUACAGUAUGAAGGCAGUCUCUUUUACACUUCUGCACUACAGUAAGCUAUGUAGCUCUAAAAGGCUGCAACAGUAACUGAUACAUAUGCAAGAGUCUUGAAUGUUGUUCUGUCACUUGCUGAAGUCAUCUGCCAAAUAAAGGCAUUUGAUCAAGAUUGGUUUGCGUACAGUAAAUGUAUCGUUUGUGAGUAUUUCAGAAAGCGCUUUAAUAAAAUUGUCCAACAUUAGUGCUCGAGCCAAUACAGUAUGACCUAAAACUAUAGAGCUUAUCGAUAAGCAUUAUGCUGAUUUGUUUAUUAAAGAGUGGUUAGGUCUUAAUUCCAAAAAUUUAAGGAACAAUCGUGCAUGUGUUUGCAUCCAAGCCAUGUGGUUUCUGUGUCAUCUCACUGUCGUGUCCCUAUACUUUGCAUUUUGCGGGGUAGAACCGUUUUCAGACUUUACCAGCGUUAUUAGUUAAUAUUGUCGUGAUCACAAUGUUGCUACAGUUCAGUUCUUUAUACUCACUUUUCACUGCGUUCUUUGCAACGUCUCAUCCGUCACUUCCACUUCCUAUUCAGAACUCAUUCCUUUUGUGUGCCACUCAGGCAGGUGGUGAGUGAGAGUUACAGCAGUUGCUUUGGCAACCAUAUUCAAAGUUAGUUCCUUGUUAUUAUUUUCUUUAUCUAUUGGUUUUCCCCAGCUCCUCUGGGCUGCAUUCGAGCUAUCCAAAAAUGGAUGAAUUUGUUUUGUGAAGUUAUGUAGCUGAAGUUGAUUUAUAACCAUAUUUUUGUAAAUAAAGAUAAUGGUUGAAUUUUUA